GCUUUGAGUCUUUUUCGUAGUUGAGAGAUAUGCCCUUAAAUCUACGUUCAGAAAAGACACCGUUAGUGAAAUCGUGUAUUGUUCGCAAGUGAAAAGAGGGGAGUGAGAUUGUUCAACCCGCAUUAGGGCUACAAUGGACCUGCAUCAAUGCUGAUUGGACGGAUACUCAACUAGGAUGUCGAAACAACCUAAUGUGGGCCAGAUGUGUUGGAGUGUGUCGCAGCCAAGCUAACUAUGUUUUACAAGGAAAGGAAGACAUAGAAGAUCAAGAAGAUCACUGAGGAUGGAAGACGGGGACACCAGCAGUCUGAAGAACAAUAAAAAGAUGGAUGCCAAUACAAUUUGGCAGUGGCGUAUUACACAUGUAAAGAAGUACUCAAGGAAUCCAGAACCAUUCCAUUACAGCAGAAAAAUGGGAUUAGAUUUUAAUGUUGGAUCCAACACACACAAGAAAUUGGAUUUACAUUCAUUAACAAAUGGUGUCAUACUGGAGGUCUGUGACCUUGCGAAAAUGGUUCGCAAAAGUAAAUGGCAUUUUAUCACAAAUAUUCUGGAGAACAAUUUUGAUCUUGGAUUGAAAAGUGAGCAACAGCGGAUUGAGUUUACUUCUCAAAUUCUGCACAAAGUCAGAGACUUGAUCCGAAAUCCUCCUGAAGAUAAACAUGAAGCUUUUACUCUCUUUGACACGUCAUCUGAGCCAGAAUGUAGCAGCAACAGCAAAAGUGGGCCUAACAUGGGAUCUACAGAAUAUAAGACUGACUGGUUCUUGGUGGACAUGGAUGGUAUGGAUGAAAGUGAACAUGAAGAUAAAUUGAAGUGUUCACGAGCACCAUCUAAAGACUAUAUGAAGAUGGAAGAGAUGGAUGGACCACAUGCUGAUGACAGUGAUAAUGUUGAUGAAUUAGAGUAUUCAGAGCCUCAGUCAACAGACGAACCGAAAGAGGAUGUUGUUCCUCCCUCGUUCCCUUGUUGUGCAGAAAUUGGUUUGAGCCUUGAUGUUUGGUCAAAACAAAGUCUAGAUCCAGGUUUACUGACAAAGGGCAUGAUGUUAGAACUAGUACAGUUCACUAGAGCACUGACUGCAUCCUACAGAUCUAUUGUUCUUAGUGUGUUGGAGCAUAAUUUUGAACUUGAUUUUAAAAAUCAACAGGAAAAAAAUCAAGUUUGGUUCAAGGUAUUAGACAUACUGAAAAGGAGAGAGCGACUUAUCACUGAUUUUAAAAGUGAGCCAUUUUCCUUUCAGACAAAUUUCCUUGAAAAAGGAUCCCCUUUGCCCAGUGUGGGAACGUCACUAUAUCACUUUGAAGUCAGCAAAAGAAGGCACUCUGAUUUAAGACGUAAACAGGAAAAAAGAGCUCUUUCAACAACUAGAGAACAUGUCACCAAACGGUGCAGAACAGAACAGGCUGAACAGGAAGAGGCAAACACACUGUCUCAUCACACUGAUUUGUGGACCAGUCAAACAUUGGAGGAUAAUCACGGCUACAUGUGUCCUUUAGACUCAGACGAAGUCACAGAUUCAGAAAAUUAUGAAAAUGGAGAUGAACCUUUCCUCACCACCACUGACGGGUCCUCCAGUUUACCAUUUGCAAGUCAGCCUGAUGAAAGAGGACAGUGUGGAGAUGAGGAGAAGACAAAGAUUCCAAGAAAUGUGCCAUACAAAUGUGACAUGGAAGAAGAGGAAAUGGAAACGGCGAGCAACAUGUGGAAGUUGCGUGCAAAUCGUGUAAAACAAAUCCUUUCCUUACUAGAAAAAGAGUAUUGUGCAUUCUUCUGGUCAAAGAAAGCUGGCAUAGAAUUUGAUGUUGGAUUUGGCCCAAAGCAAAACUUCAGUGUUGACUGUUUGACUAAUACUGUUCUGCUUGAAGUUGCCAAAUUAGCCUUAGCAAUUAAUUCAUCCCAGCAGGAUUUCAUCAUGGAGAUUAUUGAGUACAACUUUGACUUCGGCCUGUGGAGCGAACACCAUAGGAAAACAUUUGCAUGUGAAGUUAUGAAUAGAGUAAGACAGCUUAGAAAUAGUGAUGAUGCAGUCAAACAUUCAAAAGAGGUUUUUGAACUUCCUGAUCUUAUGUCAUCAGUUAACAUGGCCAGUCAGAGCAUGGGUAGUGUCAACCCUGAAGUCAGCAGCAUAUCAAGAACAGCUGAGUGUAAUGCUGCUCCCAUGUGUCCUCCUGAUUCUCACACUGAAACUAAAGAACACAGGGUGGACAUCUAUCCCUUCUGCAAAGACAUUGGUCUGAAGCUAAAUGUAAUCGGCAGUCAGCCACAUAAAAAACUUGAGAUCAACAAAUUGACCAAUGGGGCAAUGACUGAAGUGACAAACUUUGCAGAAAAGUUGUGUGGAACAUUUGAUCAGAUUUGUAUUGACAUCCUCAGACACAACUUUGAUCUUGAUUGGCAAAAUGGAGAUUCUGACCAUGCCAAAACUAUUCUUGCUCGAAUUCCUGUUAUAUUGGAUCACAAAAAUCUAUCAAAUCUAACAGGGUCUAAGAAGUUAAAGAACACAAUAAAAGAUUUGUCAGUGAUGGUGAUGGAUUGCCAGAACAACCAAAAUUUAGAUACAUGUAGUACUGGCUCUUCCCAGGCUCCAAUCAUAGACCAAAAUGUAGGGAGUUCCACUGACACUGAACAAGAUAAUGAGCUCGAUUUAUUGUUGUGGAAAUUGCGGGCUGAUCAAAUUCAACAGAUCCUCUCAGUUCCUCAUGUAGAACAUUGCCCACUUUAUUCUUACUCCAGAUGCAAGAAAUUGGGCAUUGAUUUCAAUGUGGGAUCUGGAGUGAAACAAAAUCUUGAUCCAAAAUUACUGACCAAUGGUAUCAUGGUUGAAGUAAGCACUCUUGCUACAGCACUGCAAUCAGCCCAAAAGCAUUUCAUCACAGAGAUUCUGGAGUACAAUUUUCAUCUGACUUUUAACAAUGAGAUCUGCCGCAGUGUCUUUGCACAGCAAGUUGUGGAAAAAAUGACAACAACGGCUUUUAAAUCUAACAAACCCAGAUUGCUGAAAAUGCCUUUUGAGCUUCCUGACUCAAGAUUCAUCAAUGAAUCUACUUAUCCGAAAAAUAAAUUUUGCCCCAAAUGUUAUGAAGACAGAAAUUAUAAACUUUGUCAGGAUCAAGCUAAUCCUGUGAAUGUACUUCAUCCCCGUCCACAUGCCAUGACUGACAUAGUCUUUGCAGAAGCAGACUGCACUGACCAAACAUCUACAAAGGAUCUGUCCUCUCUUUUCCAAGCAGCAGAGGAAACAAUAAUGGACAGGUACCCUCACUGCAAGAGAAUAGGUUUAAGCCUAUGUGUGGACAAAGACAAACCAAGGGAUAAACUUAAUAUCCGUGUAUUGACAUGCAAGAUUAUGAGGGAAGUGGCUAGUUUUGCCAAAAGAUUGUGUGGAACAAAAAAUAAGCUAAUUAAUGAUUUCCUUGGACACAACUUUAACAUUGGCAUUCUGAACCGGGAUAUAAAUCUUGUAUUGCUGUUCCAAAGAGUGAUGGGACUAAAUAACAAAGGGCCCAAAUGGUUCAGUGACAUUUUGGUUACUGAACCAUGUCCUCACAGAGAUCCUAGAAAUGUGAGUAAACAGAAACAGAUAUCAGCCAUGCAGAAAAAUGAAAGGAAGGAAACAAUCAGAAAAAGACAAUUGGCACUGCAAACAAAGAAGGAAGAAGCCACACUGAUGAAGAGUGAAUAUAUGGAAGCCGCAAAAAUAAGGAAUGAUAAGCAGAGUUGUGGAGACCGCUAUCCCAUUUGCAAAAGGCUGGGUCUAGCCCUAGACUUGCAAAAUCCAACAAGUUCUGACAUCCAUAGUGAAUCAGAAUCAAGCUGUCUGGGUACACAUGAACCUUUCCUCACUUCCACUGAUGGUUCAUCUAGUUUACCAAUCGUGAUCUCAAAUGUGAACCCAACAUUUGCAAGUCAGCUUGAUGAAAGAGGACUGUGUGGAGAUGAAGAGAAGACCGAUAUUCCAAGAAAUGUGCCAUACAAAUGUGACAUGGAAGAAGAGGAAAUGGAAACAGCGAGCAAUAUGUGGAAGCUGCGUGCAAAUCGUGUAAAACAAAUCCUUUGCUCACUAGAAAAAGAGUACUGUGCAUUCGCCUGGUCCAAGAAAGCCGGCCUAGAGUUUGAUGUUGGAUUUGGCCCAAAACAAAUCUUCAGUGUUGACUCUUUGUCUAAUUCUAUUCUGCUUGAAAUUGCUAAAUUUGCCUUAGCAAUGAAUUCAUCCCAGCAGGAUUUCAUCAUGGAGAUUCUUGAGUACAACUUUGACUUUGGCCUUUGGAGCGAACACCAUAGAAAACCUUUGCAUGUGAAGUUAUGAAUAGAGUAAGACAGCUAAAAAAUAGUGAAGAUGCAGUCAAACUUUCAAAAGAGGUUUUUGAACUUCCCGGCGUUGUAUCAUCGGUUAACAUGGCCAGUCAGAGCAUGGGCAGCGUCAACCCUGAAGUCAGCAGCAUAUCGAGAACAACAGAGUGUGAUGUUGGACCCAUGUGUCCUCCUGAUUUACAAGCUGAAAACAAAGAACACAGGGUGGACAUCUAUCCCUUCUGCAAAGACAUUGAUCUGAAGCUAAAUGUAAUCGGCAGUCAGCCACAUAAAAAACUUGAGAUCAACAAAUUGACCAAUGGGGCAAUGACUGAAUUGAAAAACUUUGCAGAAAAGUUGUGUGCAACAUUUGAUCAGAUUUGUCUUGACAUCCUCAGACACAACUUUGAUUUUGAUUGGCAAAAUGGAGACUCUGACUUUGCUAAAACCAUUGUCGCACGAAUUCCUGUUAUAUUGGAACAAAGAAAUCUAACAAAUGUAACAGGCUUCAAUAAAAUAAAGCCAAUAAAGCACAAAGAAUUCUUAAUGAUGGUGAUGGAUUGCCAGAACAACCCAAAUUUAGAUACAUGUAGUACUGGCUCUUCCCAGACUCCCAUCAUAGACCAACAUGUAGGGAGUUCCAUUGACACUGAACAAGAAAAUGAGCUUGAUUUAUUGUUGUGGAAAUUGCGGGCUAAUCAAAUUCAACAGAUCUUCUCAGUGCCUCAUGUAGAACAUUGCCCACUUUAUUCUUAUUCCAGAUGCAAAAAAUUGGGCAUUGAUUUCAAUGUGGCAUCUGGAGUAAAACUAAAUCUUGAUCCAAAAUUACUGACCAAUGGCAUCAUGGUUGAAAUGAGCACUUUUACAGCAGCACUGCAAUCAGCCCAAAGUGAUUUCAUCACAGAGAUACUGGAUUACAAUUUUCAUCUGAAUUUGAACAAUGAGGUGUGUCACAACGUCUUUGCACAGCGAGUUUCGGAAAAAGUUAAUAAUUAUCAAUUCAAAUCUAACAAACCCAGAUACCGGAAAGAGCCUUUUAAGCUCCCUGACUCAAGAGGCAUAGAUGAAUCUACUUAUCCAAAAUUAAAAUAUUGCCCCAAAUGUUAUCAAGACAGAAAUGAUAAACUUUGUCGUGAUGAAUCUGACCCUGACCCCUUGCUACAUCCUCAUCCACAUGCCAUGACUGACACAGUCUCUCCAGAAGUAAACUGCACAGCUCAGAAGCCUACAAAGGAUCUGUCCUCUGCUUUCCAAGCAGCAGAGGAGACAAUAAUGGACAGUUACCGGCUCUGCAAGAAAAUAGGUCUAAGCCUAUGUGUUGACAAAGACAAACCAAAAGAUAAACUUGACCCCCGUGUAUUGACAAAUGGUAUUAUGAGGGAAGUGGCUAGUUUUGCCAAAAGGUUGUGUGGAACAAAACAUAAGCUCAUUAAUGAUGUUCUUGAACACAACUUCAACCUUGGCAUGCAGAACCAAGAUAUAAAUCUCUCACUGCUGUUCUACAGAAUGGCGACACUGUAUGGUGGAGGGCCCACCUGGUUCAGAGAAGUUUUUGUUAUUCAGGCUUGUACUCCGAGAGAGCUUAGAGAUGUGAGAAAAGUGAAAGAGGCAACUGCCACACGAAAUGAAAGGAAGGAAACAAUCAGACAAAGACAGUUGGCACUGCAAACAAAGAAGGAAGAAGCCACACUACCGAGUGAUAACAUGGGUGCUGUAAAAUCAAGGAGAGAUAGGCAGAGUAGUGGAGACUGUUAUCCCAUUUGCACAGAGAUGGAUCUGGACCUAGAUGUGACAUCAAAAUCAGGAGACAAGGAAAAACUGGACUUAAAGCUGUUGACUAGAGCUGUAGUGAUGGAGAUCUGUAGAUUUCUAGGUAAGAAAGCAGGACACUAUUUCCCAGGCGCACUGUUUGACAUCCUUGACUAUAACUUUGAUCUAAGCUCACAACAUUACAGGCGGUGGGAAUUUUCCAUAGCAACUGCAUCCAAAGUCAAAACCAUGGUCAAACAAUACCGGUACAAUUUGCACAGAACAAAUGAGGUAUUCAAAUUACCAUUUGUGUUUGAACGCAAAGAAUCAAAAAGAUUGGUACAAAAGAGACAAAAUAAGAAAAGGCCUAAAUCAUCUUUGAAAACAACAAAAACGAAUGAAGGAUGUAGAGCUGUUCAGCCAUUGAGAAACCUUUCAGAUGUCAAUCAUGCCCAUCUUGAUGUUGAAACUGACAAGGAUCUUUGGUUUGAAGAGGAGGACACAAAGUCUCAAACCGAUCCUGGGACAAUAAUGCAGAUGACAGGGAGUCCUGUGAGUGGAGAUUGUGACAGUCGUUUCCAGGGAAACAUACAGAUCAAAGAGGAGGAAGAUGAUUCACAUUAUGGUGAUAUGAAACCAGAACCAGUCACUGAGGAAAUAGAUAAACCUGCAGGAUCCUUUGGAUAUACUUUAACCAUAUGUCCAAACUCUGGAGGCCAUAUAAAAACAGAAUCAGAAACAGAGGAUGCCCAGUGUUAUAACCUGGCUGAACCACAAGUAUCUGAAGGAUAUGCCAGGCACUAUGUAGGUACAAAGACUGAGAGCAGUGUGAAAACAGAAUCAGACAGUGAGGAUGUCAAGUAUGAAAUCCCAGUCGAAGCAGCAGGAUCAUCAUACUCCAUGGUAACCAUAUGUCAGGACACUGAGAGUACAUUGAUCAAACAGGAGCAAGAAAAUCGGUCAGUCUUCAUUAUGGAGAUGUUUCAAACACAAAGUGAAGUGGAAAUCAAACAGGAACAAGAUUCUUAAUAGUCUAAAUGAUGGUUCACACAAGAGACAGGUGUUUCACACUCAUAAAUGGUUUAGCAAUAAAGAGUACAAUUUGAAUGGAGUUCUCAUUUGCUGUGAAAAUACAUUUCUUUUAAAGGGGAAUGCAUUUGAAGAAUUAAUUUAAAGCUAAAUGAUGGUUCACACAAGAGACAAGUGUCUUACAUUAAAUGGAUAAGAGCGAAUUAGUAACAAUGAUUCCUGUUUAAAUUGUGUUGAACAAAGAUGAAUAGGGUUGACUAAAAGCUUUCAAAACAACUCAUAACGGCUUCUUAUUCUUUUUGUUUUUAGGAUAAUGUUACACUGAACUUUUCUUUGUAGAUAUAAGAUUAUUGUAAUUUAGCCUUUGGAGGCAUUCUGGUCUGUUUUUAAGUGGUUGUUUGUGUUUUCAAUUGUUUUUCCAGUUUGUUUAUUAGUGCCUUUUUUGACCUUCAUUGUCAUGUAUAUGCUAUUUUUUUAUGUUGUUGUUUUUUUUGUUUUUUUUUUUCUAAAAGGAAUAGCUGCUUACUGAAAAUAAAAAAUGAAAGAUGUUGGGAACUACAAAGAA